AUGGAUGCUGAUGAUGACUUGGAUCUGCUGGCUUCUCUUCUGGAAGAAAAUGAAGCACCUGAGGAGGGGAACUCUCCUGAGGAGGAAGAUGCUCCCGAGGAUGAAGAUGGAGAACCAGAUGAGUACGAUGAGCUCUUUGAUGCAGAAGAUGAUGCAUCCUACACUGAGGAGGCUGAUGCUGAGGACAGCACGGUUGAUGAGCAGAAGGAGAACUUGGCUAUGCUGUUUGGAGAUGUAGAGGACCUGGUGGAAGAGGAGGAGGCAGAGAAAGCUGUCCCCACUUCAGCUCCCAGUCAGGCAAAGGAGAAAACCAAUGAAGAACUGCAAGCUGAGCUGAGAAAAUUGCAAGAGCAGAUGAAGACGUUACAGGAGCAGUUGCAGAAGACUGCUCUUGGGCAGCAAUCCAGUUCAGGCCCUGAGAAGAAAACCCCUGGUAAAUCUCCCUGUCCACCCUUAAAGGAAAGAAAAGUUCAGAAGCUGCAAGAGUCACCAUGCUUCUCAGCCCAGCUGGGCAAUCCUUUACCACCAGCCAAGCAAGGAAGGCAGAAAUCAAAAGCAUCCUCAGCAGAGAACAAGAUUCCUCCUCCACGGCAAGUCCUCAGUCUGGCGUUCCAGCCUCUCCAGUCUGCCGUAGGGAACACCCCCAGUAAGGUGACCAGAGAGAAGACUCCUCAGGUGCCUGCAUGCUCCAGCACAACCACACAGCCAGUGUCUGUGGAAACCUUCUCAGGACUGAGAUUAAGAAAACCCCGGGUGUCUUCAGCUGAAAUGGACAGGAAAAUGGCCAACAGGAAACUCAUCCGACUGUCUCAGCUGAAGAGCAAACUUGCUACUGAGAAUCUGGAGGAAAUAGACUGGGUAACAUUUGGAGUCAUAGUGAAGAAGGUCACUCCUCAGAGUGCAAAUAAUGGCAGGACCUUCAGCAUCUGGCGGCUCAACGACCUGCGCGACCUCAGCGAGUGCGUCUCGCUCUUCCUGUUCGGGGAGGUCCACAAGGAGCACUGGAAGACUGAGCAAGGCACUGUCAUUGGCCUGCUCAAUGCCAACCCCAUGAAACCUAAAGAAGGCUCAGAUGAGGUGUGUUUGUCCAUUGACCAUCCCCAGAAGAUCCUCCUCAUGGGAGAAGCUCUGGAUAUGGGCACCUGCAAAGCCAGGAAGAAGAAUGGUGAUCCCUGUGCACAGAUUGUGAACCUGAAUGACUGUGAAUACUGCCAGUACCACAUCCAGUCCCAGUACAAGAGGCUCAGCUCGAGGCGGGCAGAUCUGCAAUCCACCUUCUCUGGGGGCCGCACUCCCAGAAAAGCCGGUCGGAAAAAUCCCACUUUGAAGGAGAGGCUGUGCCAGGAUGGCUUUUACUAUGGAGGAGUCUCUUCAGCAGCAUAUGCAGCCUCAGUUGCUGCAGCUGCUGUGCCAAAAAGGAAGAUUCAAACCACUCUCUCCAACCUGGUCGUGAAAGGAUCUGAUGCAAUUGUCCAGGAAACCAGGCAGAAAAUUGGUGCAGCAAAGAGACCCAUGCAGUGUUCUGAAGAGUUCAGGGAACUGCUGGCACAGCCAACUUUUGGGGCACGAAACCUCUGCAAACACUGGACCAAAACAGAUGCUGAAAAGAAGCAAGGGGCAGAUUUCCAGUCUAUCUCUGCUUCAGCCCUGCUCAAGCAACAGAAACAGAAAUUGUUGGAGGCCAGAAAAAAGCGAUCUGAAGAGAUUCAGAGGCGGUUUCUCCAGAACACAAGUAAAGCCAGCACUCCUGCUCUCCCAUCCUCCUCCAAACAGACCUCCCUCCAUUCCCCAGUGCCUGGGGCAGAGUUUCCCAAAGCUGCAAAAAUGUCAACUCCUCAAAGGCCCAGGCUAGGCACAGGCUUCUCAGAAGGAGAAGAUAUCCUCUUCUUUGACAAGUCUCCUCCUCCAAGGCCAAAGCUGGACAGCUUGGCAGAAGCCAAAAAGCUGGCUGCCAUCCGGCGACUGCGAGCCAAAGGCCAGAUCCUCCCCAGAACAGACCCAAACAGCGUCAAGAGGAAACGAGCUGAUGCUGAGGAUGUCCUGGAAAUUGUUGAAAGAGUUGAGAAAAAUGUUGCUCAGCCACAAGGUGCAGAAGCAGGCAGUGAAAUGGAUGAACUGGAACCUGCCCAAAAGAAGCGGCGUGAGCAGCUGGCCUAUCUGGAGUCAGAAGAGUUCCAGAAAAUCCUGAAGGCCAAGUCCAAGCACACAGAUGUCCUAAAAGAGGUUGAGGCUGAACUGCAGGAGAAAUACUUUCAGCCCCUGGUGAAAAAGGAAGAACUGGAGGAGAAGAUGAGGAACAUUAAAGCAGUGAAAUGCCGAGUUGUGACAUGUAAAACAUGUAAUUACACCUAUUUCAAGCCUCUGGACACUUGUGUGCAGGAUAACCACAACUACCUCUGGCAUGAGGCCAUCAAGAGAUUUUUCAAAUGUCCUUGUGGAAGCAGAGCUAUUUCCCUUGACAGGCUUCCCAAAAAGCCCUGCAGUAACUGUGGCCUCUUCAAGUGGGAGCGAGAUGGGAUGCUAAAGGAGAAAAAAGGUCCGAAGAUUGGUGGAGAAACGCUUUUACCAAGAGGAGAAGAACAACCAAAGUUUCUCAACAGUCUUAAGUGA